GACUUAACACCAACUCCUCUAGUAUGUCAGAAGGCCCAGAGUUAGACGCUGGUGGCAGGACAAGAAAAGGCCACAGAGGGAGGCCCAAGCAGCAGGACCAGCGUUACUAUAGUGUAGACCUAGAAAGAGGUCCUACAGGUUUUGGCUUCAGUCUGCGGGGGGGCAGUGAGUACAACAUGGGCCUGUAUGUCCUGGGACUGAUGGAGGGAGGACCUGCCUCGCACAGCCACAAGAUACAGGUGAGCGACCAGCUGGUGGAGAUAAAUGGUGACAAUACAACAGGAAUGACCCACAGCCAGGCCGUAGAGCAGAUAAGAAGAGGAGGACAUCGUAUACACCUGGUACUGAAGAAAGGAAACGGAUACGUCCCAGGACUAUGGUAAGUGACAGGGAAGGGA